AUGGGCGAAAUUGAGAAUUGGAAACUAGGUGGCGAGAAAAAACGAACAAUCCAAAGCUACCUAUCUAGCCGAGAGAUUAUGAUUACAGAAAUGGAUUGUCUUUCCUUGAUGGGGCAGCUAGCGAGCGGCGAGCUUUACUCUCGUGAAGUGACCAUGGCUUUCUGUCAUAGAGCUGCAGUAACUUAG